AUGUCCUACAAGCGUGCGAGAGAAGAAGCUCGGGCGGAGCUGUUGAUCUCGUCGUCAUUGCCAAAGAGGCCUAAAGCAUCGUCGUCGUCUUUGGCAGAGACAAGUACUAUUGUCCCUCAGCACAAGGUUGAUGAGGACAAUUCAGACGACAGCGAUGACGACUAUACAUCUUCUUCAGGCACGUCAUCGUCCGAGGAUGAUGAUGAGGACGAGGAUGAAGAAGUGGAGGCACAGGGAAAACAUGACGGUGCCAGAGAAGAGAAAACUACACAAAACCGGAAGAUACAAGAUCACUCGCCAAAGUCUGACAACGAAUCUAUAACUUACGUUCCGGGCCGGCCGAAGCCUAAGAUCCAGCGUAUACAAUUACCACGCCCCGAUGACGAGUCUGGCCUCAUGUCUAGACUCUCCUCAUUCCUGCCGCAAUUACAGGCGGCAAAUGCAGAUUUAGAAAGGAGACUUGCUAGCGGAGGGAAUUUGCAGGACAUGGUCUUGGACGAUGUAAGAGAAGGUGAAGGACAGUAUAUCGAGAUGAAUCUGGGCUUGGGCGUUCUUAAAGAAAAGAAGAAGAAGACCGGCAUACUGGACAAUGAAAGUACUAGCACUUCAGAUAGCGACGAGGUUGAUGAUGACGAGCACCCGGAAGAUGCAGAGGGAAGCGACGGGCAUGUCAUGGAUCAGUUGAUGGGACUUGGGAAUCGUUCCCAGAAGACGAAGCCGGGCAUCCAAGAAUUUGACGAUGGGUAA